AAAUCUAAACACAAUAAACUAAUUAGCUACAACAAAACACAAUCACUUAAUUAAACUAAUUGUGCUUCAAUUGACUCUACAAAAUUAAAUUAAAUGCAAUAAUUUAAUUAAAUCUAAAAAAUAACGAUAUUUCUAUGAUAAGAAAAUUAAUUAAAUAUAAAUUAUUAAACCAAAUUACUCUACGAAUUAAAUCUAAACACAAUAAACUAAUUAGCGCCACAACAAAACACAAUCGCUUAAUUCAAACUACAUACUAAAUUAGUUGUGUAAAAUAAAAAUAAAAGCAAUAAGUGAAAUCUAAAUUAUUAUCUCUAGAAUUAAUAAUAACAUAAUAUAUAUCAAAAUAAAAAUAAAAUAAAAAACACUACCGGCGUUGGUCGACGUCCGCUCGUCGGGGUCGGACAGGGUCCGCCUGAGCCGGUCGGACGGGGCAAAAUACAAGAGUUUUACCUCAUUCGUUGGCCCGACGAUGUGGUACGGCUGCCAUCCGGUUGCCGGCGACUUAUGCUGACGGUGGUCAAGUAGCCGGCGACUUAGGCUGUCGUCCAGUGGCCUUGACUCCGACUAUGGUGAUUGUGGGUUGGUCGUCGGGUGGUGGUGUGGGUAGUUUAAAAAAUCAAACCAAAGAAUAGAAUAUAAAGAAAUUUUGGAGGGCCAAAAUGUCUUUUAGUUUAAUUACGGGCGGCAAAUAGUAAUGACACGGGCGGCAAAUAACACACCUCUUUUUUUUUAGAGUUAGUAUUCUUCGUCCUAAAUAUUUGAAUUUAUCGCCAUAUAAUAUAUUAAACUAUUUUAAUAUCCUUGAUUUAAUCUUAUGGUUAAGAAAGCCCAAAAUAAUGAUUGCUAAAAACAUACUCAAAGCUACAUAGGAAGGAAGUGGGUUUUCUAGAGAGAGGCUUGAGAGAGAGAAAAGCUCUCCCCUCUCUCCUCUUUUCCCCCUCUUUUCUUUUAGCCGUUGUUUUGUCUUUUCUGGGUUUUGAAUGGAGCCUCUAAGAGGGGCCACUGUUCCCGACCCAAAACCUCCAGAUUCAUCACCGACGGCGACUCCGAUUCAACCUAGCAAGAAGGCAAAUGCCUUCUAGAGCACUGGAUUCUCUGGAGAAGGAAGCAUGGAUUUUGCGGUGGUCACAGCACGAGCGGAGGACGGACAUGCAUGUGAAGAUGAAGGUAAUGAAAACGUUGCCGCCUCUGCAUCUGAAUUGCGACCAGGAGACAACGAAGAACAUGGUAUGAUAGGGGAGGAUGGAGGACGAAUCAUCCUUUCUGGGGAGGGGCUCACUUUUCCUAUAAAGAUUCAGUCAUUGGCAAUCGACCAUGCUUUGACCCCUCUACAGGGAAGAGCUGAUGUCUGAUGAGUGAGACAACGAAGAAGGAGAAGAUGAUCCGGAGUGUCCCAUCAUCCGAGUCAAGAAGAGAACUAAUGCCAGAAUCCCGAGCCGCUGUAAUCAAGCUAUUACCUUUCGCGUCUUAGGGAAGCACUUCCCCUUUGCCUAUGUCCAUAGGCGUGUUCAAAGAAUGUGGGCUAAGACAGGGGGAGUGAAGGUUGGGGAUAUUGGCAAUGGAUACUGUCAGGUGGUGUUUGAUUCACAAUUAGAUCAUGUCAGGGCACUUUACGGCGGGCCCUGGACUAUAGACGACCAUUACAUCGUCUCCGAACCAUGGAGGCUAGAUUUCGAUCCUGAUUAUGAUUCAAUUAACCACAUCUCAGCCUGGGUUAGACUCCCCCGACUUCCACUGGCAUACUUUGAUGAGGAGAUCCUCGUUGAUAUUGGGAACAGGCUGGGGAAAGUGCAUAAAAUUGAUUACAACACGGCUAACGGCUUUAGAGGAAACUACGCCUGGAUUUGUGUUGAGAUCGACUUGAGGAAAAAAAUGGUCUCUAAGUACCGAUUGAAGAGAAGGUUCCGUAGGGUUGAGUAUCAAGGAUUACAUGUUGUUUGUUUUUUGUGGGCUAUAUGGCAACCUUGAGGAGAAUUGCCCCACCAAAGCAGCUUCAGGGUGCCCGGAGGGUGAAUAGAGUACGACCUCCACACUAAAGGAGCAACAAACACAGCAAGUCAAGCCUGAAAUCCUUGAAGAUUUUGGCCCUUGAAUGGUAGCGGCAAGACCAAAAAGAAAUACGAACCAGAGGAAGAGUAUUGUUAAUGAAGGAGCCUCCAAGAAGAUCAACACUGCGGAACAAAAGAAGGACAAUGGAUCUCGGCUUAGUGUGCUGGUUGUCAAGGAAUGAGAGAUUGAGACAAAGGAGCGUAUGGAUUUUGAAUUAACGGUUACUAGUCCCAGGAGAGGGGAUAAGCAAGUUGAGGAAGCUAAUAAUGACCACCAGAUGAAAGGGGAGAGUGGAAUCUGCAGGGACGGUACAGAAGAGAACAAAGAGACAUGUGGAACAUAAGACCAAGGUAAGAACAAGGAGGAGAAAGUGGGAAAGGGAAACUGUGAUAGGAAGGCUCCCUAGAAAAUCUGGCCAGAGGCUGUUAAACAGAGGAAAGUCCCAGCAACAACAAAAUUGGCUGACCCUAAACCUCAGGCAUUGAAGGAUGGCAAGAAAUCAUAGAAGGAGAAGGAAGAGUCAUUAUCUCAAUUUGCAAGUCAAGCUAAGUCUAAGAGUGAUGGAAAGAGGCCCAGUAGUUCCAGGAAACCAGGAAGCGAAAAGGGCUCUUCCAAAGACUCCAAGCCAGGACACCAGUCGAAGAUGAGAACGCCAACUGCCUCAUCUACAAGCUCAUGUCUAGGAUUGGAUAUCACCACCUCUCUUGGCAAAGGGAUCAUCAUAGACAGAAAUAUUGAUUUCUCCCUGGACCAGGGUAUUGACACCAAGGUGCCAAAAAAUGCAAAACCUUCCUCAGCUGAUCUAAUGGAGUGUGCUGCUGGAGAGGUGGAGGCGGCCAAGGCCGCUGUCCCUCGUUAACUUUCAGCCUUUGAGUUGUUCAUGGAAGUUGCUAAUCAUUUGUCUUAUGGUUAAUAUCUUCUCCUGGAAUUGCAGGGGUGCUUAGCACUCCAAGUUUCUUCCUAGCUUUAAGCUCUUUAAGGAUAAUUAUAACCCUGACAUUGUGUGUAUUCUGAAACCCAAAAUCAGUGGGGAAGACGCUAUAGAAUGUGAUCAAGUCUCUUGGAUUUGAUACUUGGGCAAACUCAGAUGCAGUUGGUUACAGCGGAGGGAUAUGGGUCCUCUGGAAUAGCUCUAACCUUAUGAUGACUGACAUUAACAUGAAUUGCUCUAUUGUGGGAUGCUGUGAGAAGAAUUGAGAGAGAACUACCGUUUUACCUUGGAUUCUCACAGGAGAUUUCAACUCCAUCUCUAGACCUUGUGAGAAACAAGGAGGAGCUCCUUUCAACCAUGCCAAAGUUCAAGCCUUCAACGAUUGUGUUGAUGAUUGUGGCCUUAUCGACAUUGGCUUCACUAGGCCUAAGUUCACAUGGUUCACCAAACACUCAAGAAUCAUAGAGAGGUUGGAUCGCAACAUUUGUAAUUUGAGCUGGCAACAUAAGUUCCCUGGAACCACUACAAUCCAUCUGCCCAAGAUCAAGUCAGAUCAUAGGCCGAUACUGACAUGUACUCUCCUCCCUCAACCUAUUAAGCAGAAGCUGGAAAGAAGAUUCCAUUUCCUUGUUUCCUGGUUGGCUCAUGAGAAGUUUCCUGACUUCUUGAGGAGCACUUGGAAAAGUGGAGAGAUUUUCCAGUGGCCUUGAAGUGUCUUUCGGCUGAGCUGCAGAAAUGGAACAAAGAUGUCUAUGGAAA